UUGGGCGAGGUUGUUGUUGCCACUACCAGGGUGGAAACGAUGCUUGGGGAUACUGCUAUUGCUGUUCAUCCUGAUGAUGCAAGAUACAAGCAUCUUCAUGGGAAAUUUGCUGUGCACCCAUUUAAUGGACGGAAGUUACCAAUUAUCUGUGAUGGAAUACUUGUUGAUCCAAAUUUUGGUACUGGUUGUGUUAAGAUUACUCCUGCCCAUGACCCCAAUGAUUGUGAGGUUGGAAAGCGCCACAAGCUGGAAUUUAUAAACAUAUUCACUGAUGAUGGAAAAAUCAACACAAAUGGCGGGUCUGACUUCACAGGGAUGCCACGCUUUGCAGCUCGUGAGGCAGUUGUUGAAGCUCUGCAGAAGCAU